AUUGUAAAUUAUAAAAUCGUUUUCUUUUUGGCAUAUAAAACAUGUCUUUUGUAAAUAAAUUCCAGAAAAUAUCAAAAAGAAAUUCUUUUAAGUAUGGAUUACCAUUUCUUAUAUGUAUUGUGGGUGGAUCAUUCGGUCUUAAAGAGUUUACACAAUUAAGGUACCAAUAUUCAAGAAAACAACCCGUGAGUCCUGAAGAAAUGAAAAAAUUCGGUGUAUCAAUGAAAGCACCUAAGGAAGUAACAAUCGAAACCGAAUAUGAAAAAAUAAAAUCGCUUGACAUUGAUCAUUGGGAAAAUAAGCGCGGUCCAAGACCAUGGGAAGAAUAAUCGAAUUGCGGGUUUAGUACUUCUGAUAGCGAGUUAUAUAACUACAUAGAUAAGGUUUAUUGUGAUAAAUUAGUAAUAAAAACAAUAAAAAAGUACCUGCUAGUUAUUA